CCCCGGCGAAAAGACACUCGCGUUCUAGCAUCCGCAGCUGAGGAGAGGACCAGGGACGAGUCUGUAUCACUGUCCAGGGAUCAUGGACCUCUCUAUACUCUGUCUGACUGCAGUUCUCUACGUAACGUCUCAACAGUGCAGGGCUGAAAGUGCCUCACAGGCACCACAGCCGAGGGCUCCAUCACCUGAUGAUUUGACACACACCCCCAUCCCAAGACCUGGGGGUUCCCCUAAUUCUCCUCUCUUCCAACCUCUUCAGGAUACUCUGCAGAGGCUGCAGAUGGACAGGAAGACCAUCAACUACAAGAGGAUGAUUGGAGAAGGAGCUUUUGGAGAGGUGUACCUGGCGGAGGUGACUGGGGUUCCGGGGUUCCAGAAUCAAACCAUGGAGGUUGCGGUCAAACAACUCAGAUUGAGUGACUUCAUAGCUCGUCAUGGUCACCACAGCCAGCAGAUGGAGGACUUCCUGCGGGAGGCAAAGGAGAUGUCGAAAGUCGACUAUCCUUACGUCAUCAAACUCCUUGCAGUCUGCACGCUUGACCUACCCAAUGUUACUGAUAGAGAAUUCAUGAACAACGGAGAUCUACUGGGUAUCCUCAAAGACAACCGACCCAGCAUGCCUCUACCAGCCCAACUCAACUUCGCCUUUCAGGUCUCUGACGGCAUGCGAUACCUCGCCGAUGAGCUAGCUGUGUCCAUAGAGACCUGGCGGCCAGGAACAUCCUGUCCAUCAGGACGACUCUGA